GAGAUAACAAAUAGGACGCGUGGCUCCGGAGCCCCCGCACUAUUUGCCCAGACGGCAAUCCGCUCCGUUCGAAGCGCUCGUGAGUGCAUCUCUGCUGCGGUGCGUCGCGCGCAGGCUGGAGAGAGAUGACAAGAGCCCCGCGGAACUGGCCAGAAAAAACAUGGAUCUCCGUAAAACGCUGGUGUCGAUGAUUUGGAUAUUAUUGCUGAACAUUGAGGGAGACUGUCACGCCGAGGAAGUGGUGCUGCUGAAUUCUAAAGAGACUCAGGCAGAGCUGGGCUGGACGUCCUAUCCCCCCAACGGAUGGGAGGAAAUAAGCGGCGUAGAUGAGAAGUACAAGCCAAUCCGGACGUACCAGGUGUGCAACGUGAUGGAGCCCACGCAGCAGAACAACUGGCUGCAGACGGGUUGGGUGGCGCGGCGCGGUGGCCAGCGCAUUUUCGUGGAGCUCCAGUUCACGCUGCGUGACUGCAACAGCAUCCCCGGUGUGGCGGGCACGUGCAAGGAGACCUUCAACCUCCUCUACGUGGAGACAGACCGGGACCUCGGCGGCGUGACCCGCGAGGACCGCUACACCAAGAUCGACACCAUCGCGGCGGACGAGAGCUUCACGCAGGGCGACCUGGGCGAGCGGAAGAUGAAGCUGAACACGGAGGUGCGCGAGAUCGGCCACCUCAACCGCAAGGGCUUCCACCUGGCCUUCCAGGACGUGGGUGCCUGCGUGGCCUUGGUGGCCGUGCGAGUGUACUACAAGCGCUGCCUCGCCACCGUCCAGAACCUGGCGGUAUUCCCCGACACGGUGGCCGAGGCGGCCUUCGCCACGCUGGUGGAGGUGCGCGGCGCCUGCGUCAACAACUCCGAGGUUGACACCGACAGCCCUCCCAGGAUGCACUGCAGCGCCGAGGGGGAGUGGCUGGUGCCCAUUGGGAAGUGCAGCUGCAGCGCCGGCUACGAGGAGGGACACAGCAGCUGUGAAGCGUGUCCCCGUGGCUCCUACAAGAUGUCCUCCAGGCAGCAGGAGUGUUUUCCCUGCCCGGCCAACAGCGUCUCAGAGGAGGAAGGAUCUGUGGUGUGUGUGUGUGAGGAGGACCACUUCAGAACCCCCAUGGACACCCCCUCAGCACCAUGCACAAGGCCCCCCUCGCCGCCCAGAGACUUGGUCUACACCCUGAAGCAGUCCACGCUGAUCUUGGAGUGGGCCGCGCCGUCCGACGCAGGAGGCAGGGUGGAUCUGACCUACAGCGUGGGCUGCCGGAGGUGCGUCGGCAGGCAGUGCGAGCCGUGCGGGGCGAGCAUCGGUUUCGUGCCCCAGCAGGUCGGCCUGAUGGAAAGAACGGUGACCGUGGUCAACCUCCUCCCCAACACCAACUACACGUUCACCGUCGAGGCCUUGAACGGCGUGUCGGAGCUGCUGCCCAGCAAGAGGUUCUACACCCAGGUCAAUGUGUCCACAAGCCUGCCAGCCCCGUCUCUGAUCAGUGAGCUGCGAGCGGAGAAGAUCGAGCAGAAGAGCAUAACGUUGGUGUGGAGGUCGCCUUCUUACCCAAACAGCAGCCGCACUGAGUACGAGGUCAAAUACUAUGAGAAGGAACAAAAGGAUCAGAGUUAUUCGACUGUGAAGACAGCCGCCACACGGAUCAGCGUCAACAACCUCAAACCUGGCACCACAUAUGUCUUCCUCAUCCGCCCUUUCUCCACGCCGGCCCCCUCUUCACCCCUGUCUUCCUCCCCUCUAUCAUCCUCCUCUGCGUCCUCCGCCACUUCCUCCUCGUCUUCGUCGCUGUCCUCCUCUUUGUUGUCCUCCUCCUCCUCCUCUCCGCCACCCAUCGACUAUGGAGCGUACAGCGCUCCCCUGGAGCUGCAGACACUUGGUGAAUUGGCGCUGGCGUCCAGUGAACAGAGUCCAGUGGUGAUCAUCGUCGUCGUGUCCGUGGCCGCCCUCAUCAUGCUGCUCUCCAUGGGAGUUGGCCUGCUCAUCUGGAGGAGCAGCGUCUGCUCGAGCUCCUCCAAUGUAACUCCUGCUAGCGUGGUGCUGCUUUCGACCUCCUUCUCCACUCUUCCUCCUCCUCCUCCUCUUCUUUCUCCUCUUCCUCCCUUCACACAGCUGAUGCCCAGACAAUGCGGCUACAGCAAAGCUUCUCAAGAGGGAGACGAGGAACUUUACUUCCAGUUUAAGAUCCCUACACGGAGGACCUACAUUGACCCAGAGACCUGCGAUGACCUGCUGCAGGCCGUGCACGCCUUUGCCAAAGAGCUGGACAACUCGAGCAUCAAGAUAGAGAGAAUUGUGCACACAGGCGACUUUGGGGAGGUGUGUCGCGGCUGCCUGAAGCUCCCCAGUAAGAGAGAGCUGCCGGUGGCCAUUAAGACAUUACGGGCUGGCUGCUCUGACAAACAGCGGCGCUCCUUUCUCAGCGAGGCCGGCAUCCUGGGGCAGUUCGACCACGCCAACAUCAUCCGGCUGGAGGGCGUCAUCACCACCGGGAACACCAUGAUGAUCAUCGUGGAGAGCCUGACAAACGGGGCCUUGGAUUCCUUCCUUAGGAAGCACGAAGGCCAGUUGAGUGUAAUGCAGCUGAUGGAUCUGCUGACUGGUGUGGCAUCGGGGAUGAAGUACCUCACCGAUAUGGGCUUCAUCCACAAACGGCUGGCCGCACACAAGGUGCUGGUUAACUCCAACCUGGGCUGCAAGGUUUCUGGCUUCAGACCUCUUCAGGAGGACAAGAUAGAGGCCAUCUACACCACACAGCACGGAGGGAAGAGCGUGGUGCUGUGGACCGCUCCCGAGGCCAUCCAGUACCAUCGCUUCUCCUCGGCCUCAGAUGUCUGGAGCUUCGGCAUCGUCAUGUGGGAGGUCAUGUCCUAUGGAGAGAGACCCUACUGGGAUAUGGGCAACCAGGACGUGAUCAAGGCCAUCGAGGACGGCUUCAGGCUGCCGGCUCCGGUUAACUGCCCUCCGCAUCUCCAUCAGCUGAUGCUGGACUGUUGGCAGAAGGAGAGGACAGAGAGGCCCAGCUUCAGCCAGAUCCACUCGGCCCUCAGCAAGAGCAUUCGCUCCCCCGACGGCAUCGGCUCCUCCACGUUGGCACGCAGAACCCUGAGUUCAUCCAUUACUCUAGCAGAGAGGCCUCUGCCCUCCUUCCCGUCCUUUAACUCGGUGGGAGAGUGGCUGGACGCGGUGGACAUGGGCCGGUACAAGGACAACUUCACCGCUGCAGGAUACUGCUACUUGGAGUCUGUGGCACGAAUGACUGUACAAGAUGUAUUGAGUCUUGGCAUCACCUCCCUUGAGCACCAGAAGUUGAUACUGGCUGCCAUCCAGACCCUCAGAGCCCAGGUGAUCCAAAUGCACGGCCGCGGUGUGCAGGUCUAACAAGCAGUCGACAUGCCUACUCUGCCACUGCUGCUGCAGACCCACUCGUGUGCACAGACGGAUGACGGAGGAGAGAGAGAGAGAGAGAGAGAGAGAGAGAGAGAGACCUAUUCCAAACUGAAGGAAUGAUGAGCAGAUCUUCCAGCUCAACUGCGCUCUAUCUACUCCUCCUUCCCACGCUUCCUCAUGCCUUCCUUGAUUCCUUACUUCCUUUUUUUUCUAUGAAUCCCCUCAGAGACGAGCGGCGUUACUGUCGCGUUUGAGGGAUAGCAGAGGAGUGAUGUCACCUGACCUUUUUUUUGUGACUUCUAUCUGCAUUUCAAUAACUGUCAGCUCCACCUCACUGGCUCUGGAUCAGUGCGUAAAGACACGUGAAAUGUUGUCUCAAGCAGGAGGGGCUCUGCCUGAAGCUGACCUCUGAGCAGGAGGCGGGCACGGAUGCAGUGCGCUGCAAACACGCCGGUUAUGGACUGGUGCUCAAAGACACGUUAACAUUUUGGAUGGAAUUUCCCUUUAUCACAGCAUUGAUUCACUAAAAACUUCAAGUCGCCAAAGCCAGGAGCGAUUGUACUGGUCCUGGAUCAAAUCACUCUCCUCUCAUAGAACUGGCACAGCUGAUUCAAGCAGGAAGUGAUUUACUAAGCGGAUACAGAAUCAUAUCAUUGUACGUCAGAGCUGAUCUCAUAUCAGAUGGUAAAGAGACAUGUUUGAAACAAGUUUAAACAUGGCUGCAGUAGCUUAAGAAGACUGUGCUGUCCCAUGUCAAGGGACAAGAGUUGGAUGAGUCCUCUAAAGAGGCUCAAUGAAACGGGGCUAGCAUCCAGUACAGUCCUAUAGUCGGUGUAUAAAGUGUGCUGACAUGAUGGACAAAGCUACUGUAGCUUAUGGGGGAUGAUAUACUGUACUUUCAGGAACGUCAACCUGUGUGUUCUUCUUCUUCUUUGGGGCUACUGAUGGUUGCUGCAGGAUACAAUUAUAAAGGUUGGACGUGUGUUUGAUUGUCAUUAGUUUGUGGUAUGUUGUCUGUUUCACUACACUCCAUCAUUGUAUCUUCUUAUUUCCUUUGUAUCUGGUUGUUUCUGUUUGCAUUUAAAACAUCUACCGUUCCCUUUAGCCUGCUGAAUGUCAUCUCGGUAACACAAUCCUCCUCUCCAAAGCCUCUCUCACGACCAUGUUUAAUACUCUGCAUUGAGCACGGGCCACCUCUGGAAGAUGGCCUGCUUCAGAUAUUUAUUUAUGUUUACAGACUGUAGCACACAGCUCUGCAGAAAAGAGGUGAGGAGCGUUUAUUUAACUUAUGGUAUUUGGAAGAAGAAAAAAAAAAAAGUCAAGCAAAGGAGUUAUGGCCUCGUGUUUUGUUUCUGUUUAGUUGAUUUUUAUGUGACUGAGUUUAUAUCUGAACAAAUUAGUUGUUUGUACACAGGAAGUGAGAGGAACACUGGAGGGUUUUUACUGUCAGCACACAGUAUCUGUGUAUUCUUCUUGAACACUGGAGUUGGUACAGUUAAGUUUAGGUCCAUAAUCAUUGGAUUUGCUGUAUACACUACGGUGCGUGCGUGUGUGUGUGUGUUGCAGUAAGGACACAGUAUUAAGGAAUGUCUAAUGGACUUUUUGAUUUUCUCUUUGUAGCUGUUGGAUUAUCAUGUUUAAUUUUAUAUUCUAUGUUGCUGUGAAUAUCAUGCUGUCAUACUACAUGGUUGCACUUUUCCCCCAGAUAACUCCUAAAAUACUCUGUACAGUGAUCUGCCCCCCCCACCCUUUCUCUGACCAAUUCUAUACUUGAGACUUAAAGGAUGACGUUUAUCGGGGCAUUAUUUGAUUAUCAUACAUUUUCACAAAACAAGGUACAUACAUUUUUGACUGGAAUAUUGUUACCGUUUUAUCUUUGGUGCAAAAUCAGUUUUUGUUCGUUCUCCUUGUACUCCUCGCUGUAACCGUUUUGUCAAAUCAGUAAACUCAUGUCCUUAUAGAUGUUAUCACGCACAUGUUAACAUCUGAAGAAACACUGGUCUCUUUGACACACACACACACACACCCACACCACAAACUGGACCUCGUCACCACGAUGAAUGAAACUUUCACAUCUCUAUCCCCCCCUCUGUUACUGUGACCAUUAUGAUAUAUGUUUAAUACUGUAAAUAUGUAUUUGAAAAUGCGAAAUCUAUUUUUAUAAUUUGUUUGAAGAACAAUGUGUUGGAAUAUAAUAUAUGCUCACUGUGUAAGGGUUUUAUUUGUUUGAAUUUAGGGCCAUAGCCAAGAAACUCUGGUGUUUGGAAUAUAAAAGUGGAAAAAAAAAAUCUUUUUGUUAGUUUUUGAUGAUUUUUACCUGUUAAAAGAAAAUCUGAUGGCUGUUGCAAUAUUGAAACAUGUUAUUAAAAAAUCUCCAAUCCAGGCAAA